GGACGAGGGACGGCAUGAGGGUCGGGGAGGUCCGGGAGGACGUUCGGGGAGGGAAGGGGGAAGGAUGACGAAGAGCCGUAGUGAGGCCGUGAAGAAACACUUCACGGAAGUGGGGGACAGCGGCAGAGCCGACAAGGGUAACAAACAGCGGAUCUGCAAUUAUUGUGACAAGCCUGUGGCCGGGACAGAGAGCAGGGCAAGGGACCAUUUCUGCUGCAAUUAUUUUAACAAGCCUGUGGCCGGGACAGCGAGCAGGGCAAGGGACCAUUUCUUGAAGGGUUCGCGAUGCGAUGUCGAGCGCCUGCGAGCUGUUGUGCCGAGAGAAGAGUACUCGAGGAGGGUGAAGGGGAGAUUGGCUGCGGGGUCGGAGUUGGGAGCCGUUACGAGAGAGACUGCCGAGGGGGGGUCAUCGGAGGACGACAACGAGCAGCGGACUGUUGAGGGCGGAGUGGUUGAUCGAUCGAAGUCUGCGGUGGGGCUCCGUCAUGCGACUCCCCAGUCGUCCACAGGUGUGGUCGGCCUCUGUCAAACAACGAUGGAGGACAGUGCUGCCGUUAUCACGGCGCACGAGCAAACACAGCGCACAGUGGAUGACUGGAUGACGGCAGAAUGCAUCCCAUUCAAUAUGAUGCGGAGCGAGUACUGGGACAAAAUGGUGCAUGCACUCGUGACUGCGCCCAAAGGAUUCCGGUACACGAAAUUCGAGACCGCAAGAACAAAGAGGGUUGAAGUGACGAGGGGAAGGGUCGCGAUGAGGGUGGAGGAGCUGCGGCAGGAGUGGCCAACCACUUGCUGCAUGUUGCAGCUUGAUGGUUCGACAGAUCGCCGACAAAGACCACACAUCAAUGUGAUGGUCUCCUUCCCGAAGGGCUCUAUCUUCUGGCGAAGUGUGUGCAUGUCAGGGCGCAACAAAAGUGCCUCGGCAUACUAUGGCAUUCUGAAGAGGGCAAUAGAGGAGAUAGGUGCGGAGGCAGUGGUGGGGGUCGUUAUGGACAAUGUUGCCGUUUGUGCAGCUGCGGGGCGAAUGGUGGAAGCGGAUCACCCGCACAUCUUCUCGGUCCCAUGCACAACUCACUCGCUCGACCUCAUUUUCGAGUCUUUCGCGAAGAUCACGUGGGUGGGCGAAGUUAUUAAAAGGGCGUCGGAGGUAGCAAAGUUCUUCACGAACCUUUCGCGGGGGUUGUACUUGCCGCUGCGAGCGUGUUUGACGGACGACGAUUGGAAGCCAGCGAUUGUGCACACUUCGCAACACGAACUGUUUGUGAGGGUGACACAUGCCAUCUUCGACGACACCUUCUGGGCAGAUAUCGAGAAGGUGAUGCAAAUGUCCAAGAACCUCCUCAAGCUUCUGAAGAAGGUCGACGGCGCGGGCCCCACCAUCAGUAAGGUGUACGCCCGUAUGGACAGCGCUGUGGAGAAACUGAGGGAGAGCAGGCACUUCAUGGAAGCAGAAAAGGAUGAGCUAGAGGCUAUAGUGAUGCGGCACUGGAAUACAACGACUUCACCACUGCAUUGUGCUGCGCUGUUUUUGGAUCUGGAGUGCAGAGCGUUGCAGCCGGAAUCCGAUGCAGAGAUUGUGGACGGUUUUUGGACAUGGCUUUACUCGUGGUGCAAGGAGGCUGCGUACAGGGAGGUCGACGCGGAGGUCUGUUCUUGGAUCCGGAGGGCACCGGGAGGCACACUACCGACAUUGCGAGGACACAAGCCCGUACGAUGCAGCCGGCGAGGUGGUGGCGGAAGUGGUGCAGCGACAUGCCCAUCCUCCAAAAGCAAGCCGUUCGCCUCCUCGGACAAGGCUCCUCCUCCUCUAGUUGCGAGAGGAAUUGGAGCUUGUUCGAACGGAUUCACAGCCGUCUCCGCAACAAUCUUGGCGCCAGAGGAGGUCACAGUUCAGCAUCGUCGGCUGCGCAGCGAGUUGUUCGAGCUCGAGAGGGAGCUCAACGAGUUGUGGAGGAAGGCAACGAAAGCUUCCAAGUUUUUGGCCCGGCAGCAUUUGCAUGACUUGGAUCAGGCUACCAGGACCAUGACCCUCGAGCAUGCCAACAAGUACAAAGCUGCGCGGGCUGCUGCAUGUGCACCACCCUCCGUACCCGCCAAACGAGGGAGAGGGAGACCUCGAAUGGACGCUGUGACUCAUGGGGGGACAGGUGACGAGGAAGUUGAAGAUGCGGAAGGUGGAGAUUUGGAAGGGGUUGGUGCACCCACACGUGCGACAAGAAAGCGGGGACGACCACGGAAGGCGCCCGUGGAAGAGGAGGAGGCUGGAAAUGGAAGGGGGACACGGAAACGGGGACGUUUGCAGGUGCAGCCCGCCGAAGAGGAGGAGGAAGCAGCGCUUGAAAAGACGAGCAGCGCUGACAAACAUGGCAGCAGCGACGGAAGCAGCAGCAGCGACGAAAGCGGGGCUGAGCAUAAUGAAAAUGACGGGAGCGGCGGCAGCGGAGGUGCGCGUGAUGGCAGCGACAGCAGCGAUGAAAGUGUAGGUGGUCGUGGCAGCAGUGAUGGCGGCGAGAAAGACGGGAGGUCGUCGGAGGAAGAAGACGACUCCGAAUGCGAAGGCCAGUAGGGAGAUGGGAGUUCGUCGGAGGCAGAGGACGACUCCGACUAACAGCG